AUGGUUUCUGCUGAGAGCCACCUUGAAACGGCAGAGGUUAUGACCCCGUGCCAGAGCUCCAGGUUUAACGCGUUAACACAGGAGGGCCCGUACUGCCACAUCCUGAUGCGGAGAAUAGAGCGGCUUGCUUUGCCAGAGGGCACGUUCUCUCCACGAAGAGUCACUGUUCUUCCACCGUCUCGGGGUCAAGCGGUGGGCAGUCCCUCCCUCACGGACUCUGGCUCCCGCCUCCAGCAGAACAGCAGCCCCCCUGGGCAACGGCUGGCACGGGGCAGGUCCCGUCCUCUUGUUCCUCUGCGUUGUCACCAGCAUGUGCCCACACGGCUGGCGGAGGAUUCAAAUGCCCGUGGAGAAGAGGGAAAGCACCCAGCCAGCCCAGCGCCUGGCCUGCGGCUCCCCGCGCAGACCCCGCCCACCUGGGUGGUGCAGAGCCUGGGUGGUGAAGCCGCCGGUCUGGGGAAGCUUGUGAGGAGCCGGGACCUGAUGCAGUGUCCCCCCACCGACCCAGGGGCAGAUCUCGGCCGCAGAGAGGCUGGACGGGGCUCUGGAAAUCCUGAGCAAGACCCUACACCCUUUCACGCCAGCAUCCUGAAGCCCCCUCGGCGGGACAGGACUGUGUUCUCUGAGCAGAAGGCGCUUCUUCCUCUCCCGGAGCCACUGAGCCAUCGGAAUGCCUGGCAGAAGUUAGUUGCAGGGUCUGCGAAGGAGGCGUCCAGGCCGUGAUGCUCCGGGAGGGCCCGAAGCCCAGAGCAGCCCCCACGUGGCCCGCAGCGCAGCGGCAGCAUCGAGACCUGCCCGGAGGAGCCGUGUGCAGAGGGUGACCAGCCGGCCCUGAUCCAGGAGGCACUGCAGCAGGACUGGCCCCGGCCGGCCCCACCCAGCGCCCCAGAAGCUUUUUCCGUCUGGCCGCCCAUUAAAUGAUGGUGUGUGUGACGGUGGGACUUAAAACAGGGGGACGGUCCCCACAAAGACCCCAUUGUCAUU